UCCGGCGAAGCCAAAACCGAAGGGAAUUUUUGGCUAAAUGUGCAAGAAAUGUGUAUAAUAAUUACAUUUAUUCAACAUGUAACUCAACGUAUAUGUUAAAUGGUAGCAUGUGUGUUAUUCAAAUGUUAACAUGUCAAUUUUAAGGUUAAAUGACAACCUGGUAGAUCUGGAAUGAUAUUUGAAAUUAAAAAUUCAGUUUGAUUUUCGACAUUUGACGAUUUGUGAACAAAUUUUGUAACAAAAAUGUCCAGGGCAACAGUAACAAAGUCGAGGGCAGACAAGGGAAAACCCCCAGCAGCACAAACGCCAGUAAUUUCUCAUGAAAUUGUCCCAGGAAAAUUUAAUGAUCAUGACUGGAAUCUCAUGUUGGAUCAUGAUAACUCUGAAGAGUUCAUCAUUGAUAUGCUGGAUACAGUGGUGGAGAAUACGAUGAAUAUUAUUUAUGAAAACUACAUUGAAAAACAACUUUUACCUUUCACAAUCACACAAGCCAAAGAUGCCAUUUUGCAGAUUGUUGAGUGGCAGUUUCUAGCUCGAGAUGAUGGGGAACCAGAAGCAAUAUCUGAUCCGGGCUGGUUGCAGGAUGAAGAGCCUGACCCUGCCAUUACGGACUGCUGGGCUCAAGGGGCAGUGCCAAAAUCAUACAUUGCCCUCUCUACACAAACUAUCCAGGAAGAACCACAGGCUGAAGAGGAGGCUGUUGCUGAGCAGAAGAUAAGUGAUGAAGAAAUCACUACUGGAGAAGAAGAGGAACCAGAACUACCUGAUACGGUUUCAGAUACUAUGGAGGAGUUAGUGCCUCCUGAACCAGAACCUCCAGAAGAAGUCCCGGCCAAGCCUGAACAGGUGGUGGAAAAGAAGAAAAAGUUCAAGUUCAAGCCGUACCGCGGCAAAAUGAAGUCGGCUGGUGUGAGGAGAAUGUCGGAAUCCCUCGAGGAGUCUGAGAUGAAGUUGUACAUGGAGGCGAUAGAGGACGCCAUGCGCAGUUCUGUCGGGAACAGUAGUGACAGGCUCAAGAUGCCGGCCUCUUGUCAGUCUCUGCUCAAGGAAUCUGAAACAGGGUCUCAGGUCCAGGCAGGUCGCCCACCGGGCAACAAGGAGGUCGACUAUGAUGACAUGGGCAACGUGGUGUCUUGUGUGAAACUGUGUCCAGAGAAACUGCCAAACCACAGAGUGAAGGUGAAAUACCAGGUGAUAGACCCAUCUGUUGAGGCAGCCAAGGUGAGGCUGGAGGCAAUGAGGCAUGGCAAGUACAUUUCCUCAAGUACUCUACAAUUGUUGGGAUCCAAGUCCAAGAAGAGAAGUGAAUCUUCUGACGCAGCUUCAACAGCAAGAUCUACAAAAGUGACCAAGGCAUUCCAGCAGCCAACUAUAACAUCCUUACCACCACCAAUGAUUGAGGCAAUGGACAUUGCUCCUGGUGUCAUUGUGAAGGAGGGAAACAGAAUGAAAAAAGGUCCCGGCAGACAUGUUCAUCGUGUGGAUAUGCUUGAUGAACAUCAGAACAAGCUCCGCCCUGUGGGAUCGAAGAUUCAGACCUCCACCAUCGACGUCGCGGAUCUGCUCGACCGACAUACACCCAUACUGAGACCUCUUCAGGAAACGUCACCAUUACCUCCAAUAGUUCCACAUCCACCGAGACAGUCAAGAGUAUCGUGAAACUGGUCGUUCUAAAACACUUGAAAAAAUUGUGCCUAGCCUCCUUGUACAGGACUUUGUACAUAGAAUUGGUUUUUAAACAUCUUAAAUUGUUUAUUUAUUUAUCCAGUUUGCCAAUUUACAGUUUUUAUUUUCACACAGAUUUGUAUGUUGAAAAAAAAAAAUUAGGCCUAAAUGAUCAAAAUUAAAAGGAGUAUAUUAUAAGUACAGUGAAAUCUGUCUAAACUGGAUCACACUGGGGACAUAAUAUUUAUGCAAUGUAGACAGGAUCCAAUGUUUACCGGGUCGUGUUUUAGAAUUUGGCAAAUUUGGAACCAUGUAAAUUGGCUGGUUUUGACACGAUUCGAGUUUGUUUACGGUCCAGUUUGGACAGGUUUCACUGUAUAUCCUAAUGUUCACUUUCUGUGGAUCCACGUGUGCAUUUCACUGCUCCUUUCUGCCAAAAUAAUGAAGACGGCUUUAUUAACCUGUAAGGGUGGUCCACAAUACAAAAUUACAAAAAGUAUUAAUUAAACAGUCAGCCAUUGUGAAAAGUUACAUCCAUAAAAGCCUCAUUGAUGUGAACAACAUUUAAAAAAAAAAAAAAAAAUCUAAAUAUUCUGAUCAGACCAUCAAGACAGUAAAAAUAUGGAACUGGUCAACAACAACAAAAAAAUCUAUAAAAUUAAAGUACACCAAAAAGCAACAUAGCAUUGAACUAUUAAUAUAAUUUAUCACAUUUAAUUUAUUAAAAAAAUAAAAUAAUAAUUUAAAAAAUAAUAAUAAAGAAAUAAAAUUAUAAAUAAUAAUAAACAAAUUAUAAGACUUAAAAUCAUUGUCACAGAUGCCUCAAUAAAUAAUUUUACAAUUUUUCCAAAGGGUAGAUUGUGUUCGUUAGGAAAUACUAAAGGAUCCCCUCCCCUGCACCCCUAGUGAAAUCUGCAAAAAAUUAAGUGCAUUUGAAUACAUACAAAAACAUAAUGGACAUAUUUGCAUUGAAUAUUGUCAUUAUCACACCUUUUUUAAAAGUACAUGUAUACCAAAUUUGAAGCAUACAAAAAUACAGACUACAUAGCGUUUAUUUGAAGUUUUUGUAUUUGAAAACAAAUAUCAGUUUUAACUUAAGUUAUUUUUUUAUGUUUUCACAAUCAAAAUAAACUUGUUACUUCAAAGGAAAAAAUGUGUGUUUAAUUACUGUUUAUGUUUGGUUCAGGAUACAUGUCCUAUUAAAUUCUUAUUGUUUAUUUAUGUGGUUUUUUUUCAUGAGUAGCAACAAAAUAAAAUGGGAAGAAUUUACCAGAAUUUUAAUUUUUUUAAAUGGAUUUUGUUUGUCUUAGUUUUGAUAUAUUUCUUGAUGCAGAGAUAUGAUUUGGCCAUGAAAUAGUUUUGUCUUUACAGCAACUAAUUAUUUUAUAUCCUGCCAUACUAAGUUUAAUACUGUAAUUCUUUUGCUUUAAAAAAUGGGUCACAGUAACUUAACUGGAUAACACACUGACCUCUGAUGAUUAGGCCUGAAAAAAACAAUAUGUAUGUUUCUGAUUUCCCGACCUACCAUAAUUUUAUUUAGCGACCCCAAAGUUUUUUGCAGUCAGCGAAAUAGCUUCGGAACACCUCGACCAAUUACAGUUUUUCAGUUUGAGUUAAUUAAAAAAAAGAAGAAAAAAAGUUCCUACCUACCUACCCUAUUUUUUUUCAAGGAUGAAAUCUUAAACACACACACACACACAGAGAUAUAUAUAUAUAUAUUUAGGCCUUAUUAUAUCAAGCUUGAUGAUGCUACCAUAAACAAUAUUUAUUUUGGAUGGACAUUCCAGAUGUAUUGCACCAACUCCAGUCAUUUUCCAGCUUAAUAAAGAAUGGAAAUAUUUGCCAGACAAAAAUUCCAUGGGAGGACAUAUGGACAGUGCUCUGACAUAAUUUAUAAAUACUCACAUGAAAUUCUUAUAGAUGACCUGAGACUUCGACUUGAAAUUCAUAUAUAUUCAAAAUUUGGUUUCAGAUUUGGGAGUUUAGAGUUUUAAUUGGGCCACCCUGUAUAUUGGCAUCCAGUUAUCUCUAAAUAUAUUGUGGAAGGAGAGACUGAUGCAAGCAAAUAUGUUUUCCAUUGUAAUCCUUCUCAGCUGCAUGGACAUUGUAAAUUUGUAAAUAACUUCAGUUUAAUUUGAUGUAAGAAGAAAAGUAAAAGUGUUUUGAAAAUAUAAAAUAAACACUAUUUUUGUGUGCAGUUUAAAAAACAAUCGAUUGACAAAUACAUGAAAUUAUAGUACAUACCAUAGUAAGAAAACAAUGUUCAUUACUGGGAAGGACUAUAGGUGGUUUGGGCUUUAAAACUGUCACCACGAUUUAUUAAAAUUAUUAUUUACAUUUUAUUCACAAUUUUCAGUCAUUCAGCAUUAUAUUUCAAUAUACAUUGUAUAUUACACAUGUCUAUCACCAUUACAAAAAGGCCAAAAUAUUGCAUAUACAUCUACAAACAUAUUUAUUAUAUUGUAUUAUAUUGCAUACAGUUCUUACAUAUACACAGUAUAGUUAGUUUAUUUUAUAUACAUAGGUUAUCUUAAUACUCUUCUUAAUAUUCAAUGCAGUUUUACUGACUUCAUUCCUAUUGCAUUCAAUUAAUGUUAAUGUACUCUUAAUAUAGAAUAUUCAAAUCUGAUCGACAGUCGAUCAGUGAAUUAUUAUUCCUUUAUUAUUACAAAGGUCCUGCCAUUAUAUGAUUUACUCUAUUCUGAUUGGACAAUGUUGCUUAAAAACUUAAUGUUAUCCUUCGAUAAAUCUCAGAAAAUUAUGCCAUUGCAUCAAAUGCAACGUCAUUACGUGAAACUUGUUAUGGAAAGGGCUUAUGAAAUUGGUUUUUGCGUAUUUUUAACUAAAUAAAUUUGAGUUGUUUGCAAUUGUUAUAAGAAUUGUUUGCCCUUUUUUUGUGAAUUUAUCAAUGUAUAACAGUCUCAAAUUUAGUAUAAAAUUGCUUCGCUAUGCAAUUUUAUACAAUUUGUAGCUGUUGUACAUCAAUAAAUUAAAAAACAAAUUACAUUUAAUUCUUACAUAACUGGUCUUCAUAAUCCUGCAUGUUGAAAAAUGCCAUGCAGUAUGAGACAUAACCAUGGGGAGAGGUAUUUAUAUAGGCCAACCACCUGUUUGCCAAUCCAUUUCAUUUAUUGAAUAAAUGUAGUUUUUUUAAUAAGCAUCGGGUUUCCUCUAAGACCGUCAGAAAUAUCAAAUGUUUGACAUUCAGUAGCUGAUGAUAAUACAUCAGUUUGCUCUAGUGGUGUCAUUAAACAAUACAAACUUUAACCUUAUUUUCAGUGGGGCUUCUCAACCCCGACACUGUCAAGCAUAUCUGGGGAUAAUGCACCUCCCCCCCCUCAAAAAAAAAAAAAACCCCCAACAAACUUUAACUUUAUUGAAUGUAAUGCGACAAGAGCCAGUCAGAUUGCAAAACAAAUGUACUGAUAGCUGUCAUGUGCCAAGAGUUUGUUGGUACAGGCAAGGUAGUGCAGGGCACACAUUAAGUCAAUAUCACACUUUAUACGUCUGUUUGGACUACAGGCAAGGGUAAGAAUUAAAAUCGGAGUGGUGGUAUUAAGGUAUGGAUAAUUUCCACAUUACAUAAUAUAUUAUAAACACCUGUAAAAGGAAGGGAAAUGUUCUUAUGUUUGAUUAUUAUAUGGUCAUGUUUUCUAUUGUUAUCACCCCAUACAUUAUACUACAUGUAUACACAUAAAGGGAAAAUAAAACGACAAUAAAAAGUA